UCAAUUCGACAACAAUUCGGCAUCGAUACCCAUCACUAUUAGAAGCGCUAUGAACGUGAUCUGAACGCGUCAACCAAUCUCCAGCUUCAACCAGAGUGCCCUCGGCAGCAAACCCCACCCCCGAAUUUGAGAAUAUCGCAAACAUGGCUGCCGCGGACCUGAUUACCCUGCCCGAGUUUAGGGAUGCGCUGAGCAGGUAUCCGGCUCUUAUUAGCAGUCUCACCAAGCCCGCAAAGGCGGGUGUUGCAACUCUCGAGGAGCUCGAUCAGUUUCGCUACGUCGAUGCGCCGUCGCGUUUCUCCAAGAAGGCUGGCGGCAAAACACUCGAACUUGCUGAUGUCCAGAAGCUGGUUGACUGGAAGCUCCGCCAUGGAACUUUUCGCCCUACACUCCCCAAGUUGGUUGCUUCCAACUCGGACGAUGUUGUUAGGGACGCUACUUCCGAUGCUUUCUCUCACUACGACAACGACCCGUCUGACAUCUCGAAAACCAUCGACAAGCUUACUAAGCCCUUGAAGGGAAUAGGACCAGCUGCGGGAUCCCUUAUUCUGUCAAUCCAUGACCCGGAGAAUGUCAUCUUCUUCAGCGACGAAGCCUACCGCUGGUUGGUGAAAGGCGGCGAGAAAACCAAGAUCCUGUACAAUUCGUCAGAGUUCGAGGAACUUUACAACAAGGCCAAGGAACUGAAGAACAGGCUUCAGGUCUCCCCUAUCGAUAUUGAGAAGGUCGCAUACGUCCUCAUUAGGGAGAGUGAGCCUGCCGAUGAGCCCAAGCCAAAGAAGGAGCCAAGCGGAAGACCAAGGGGUAGACCUGCUAAACCAGACAGCGAGAAGAAGACCAAAAAGCCAGCUGUUCCGGGUCGUGGACGUGGACGUCCCCGUGGAAGCACCAAGGUUCCCCCCAAGCCACCAACAACUGGCGAGCCGAGGAAGAGAGGGAGACCCCCGAAAGAUGGCGGAGGGGCCGCAAAAUCGAACAAGAGACAGGCAACGGAGGAGGCGCAAGACCCGGGAAGCGCACACGACGAAAAGCGAGCGAAGGCUUGAUUGCUACUAUUAAGUAUUAUUAAUUCGACUAUUACUUCGACAUUAUGGUAAUGAAUAGUCCUUGGUUGGGGGAAUAGGAAAGGAUCCUCUGGGGCUGGCGUCGAAAGGAAAGUCUCGUUUUGCGGUUUAUGGAUUGCUGGCAAGCUGUAAGAUAUGAUGACGGGAAACUUCUUGCUGUCGAGAAUGGCAGAUACUGUACUACACUGUGCA